GCCCUACUAUGCCUCCUCCAUCUCGAGAAUUGGAUGAAGAUAUGGAUGAUGAGGAUCGACGGCGCUACGAGCGUUCUCUGCGGAAGAAAGAAGCGAAAGACUACGCAAAGACGCAAGAAGCAGUUCUCGACGAACUACUUCCAAAAGCAACAGGUAGGGAAGCAAUGAUUGAGAAGAAGAAAGCUCGUAAUGCACAUUAUCGACGUGAGGCAAGUCCAGACCUUGAACUUGACGAUGAUGCAUUACUAGGUGGAGAUGACUUUAAUUCGAGAUUAGCGGCGCGAGAUCGUGCAAAGGCAGCCAGAGAGGAUAGGAAGCAGCAGUACAUGGCCGAAAAGGCUGCUAAUGUUCGAGAGAAAAUAGUAGCGUACAAGUCCAAGGAACAAGAGACUAUGGAAAUGUUUAGAAAAAUUGCGGAAGAACAAAAGAAAGCUGGUGGCGGAUUGUGGGGGGAAAGCCGCGGAAAUGGAUAA